AGCAGGUGCUAGGGGUGUGCCAGCUCGUGUAGCUGUAGUUAUGAAUGGCGAGAGGCGCGCUGGACUACACACACCUGUAUAACCCAAAUUACGCACCCACGCGUAAAGCAAUAAGGAGUAGGUGAGGUUGCCAUUGUUGUGAGCAGCAGCCGACGCAACAGCUGAGACUCACCCUAGUGACUGACCUACUCUUCCUGAUUCAUCAACUGAUCAAGACUGCCUCAACAACUGCUCCUGUCCGACUCAUCAGCUGCCCCCCUGACUGACUCAUCAGCUGCCCCUGACUGACUCGCCGGCUGCUGCAGACACAGCGACUCACCAGCUGCCUCACACUGACUCACCAAGCCAGGCACCAUUCCUCCUCCUCUCUCCUUACUCAACCACUGUGGCUGACGUGCGCAGCAAUAUGAUUAGUUUGCGCUGAACUCUUCACCCUUAUAAGGCGACACCUGAGUUACAGGGUAUUUUGGGCGUCCAGGAGUAUGGAUUGAUGUUCUAAUUAGUGCCCGACAACUUACUCACACUCUCAUAGUAAUGCCACAAAUUCAUCACAUAAUGAAGACCUUGAAUGCUUGUGAUUUGCAAUUACAGUAUGCAUAAAUGAAAAUUGGUGAAUGCUUGACUUACUGCUGGGUGUGCAGUAGACUUGAGGAUUGACCUGGAUUGUGCAUGUUAGCCCAUUCUCAAUCCAAGUAACUGAAAUUUAACCAUUUUGAAAAUUGGCUAAAGUGUUUAUCCACAAGACUCUGGAUCAGUGUUGUACAAUAUUGCACUAUGAUUUGAGCAUAGUAGGGCAGGAGCACAGCAGCGGCCUGCCUCCAUCACUGGGUGUUGUUCUACCAGCUGACAAGUCGGCUGUUUCGAUGCCAGACUCGCUGAGCACCUCCCAAGCUCCCCCCGUGGCCACACUCACUGAUGAUGGUAGGGAGUUUGUGUGUGGUUGGGGAGCAGCAUUCAUCAACAUUACCGUCACAUUUCCAAUGAACAAACUCAUGUUUCGGCAGAUGCUCCAUGGAAUAUCAACAGCCAAUGCAGUGGGACAACUUAAAAAAGAGGGUUUGAAAAAUUUGUAUCGAGGAAUCCUCCCACCUCUGUGUCAGAAGACCAUCUCUACAUCGAUCAUGUUUGGGAUGUUUGAUCAGUACGGAAAAUUAUUGAGAUACUAUCAUCCCCAGUUAUCAGAUGGAGCAACAAUGGCUUUGGCUGCCACUUUAGCUGGAUGUACUGAAGCUUUACUUUGCCCAUUUGAACGUAUCCAAACUUUGUUGCAAGAUAAGAAAUUCCAUGGCCAGUACCGAAAUAGUUUACAUAUAACCCAAGAGCUGUGGAAGUUUGGAGUGAGGGAAUACUACCGUGGAAUGGUCUCCAUUCUUUUACGCAAUGGACCAAGCAACAUUCUCUUCUUUGGUCUUAGAACCAAGAUUAAAGAACGCUUGCCUAACCCUGGCACAGCUUGGUGGGGUCACAUAUUAACUGACUUUGUGUCUGGUGCCUUCCUAGGAGCAUUCAUCUCUACUGUCAUGUAUCCUGUUAAUGUAAUCAAGUCUCAUCAGCAGUGUCAGGUAGGAGGAUCAUUCCAGACAAUGCGUCAGACAUUCUGGGAUGUUUACUAUACAAGAGGGAGCCGCUUCAGUAGACUUUUUAGUGGUGCUCACGUUAAUUACACUCGUGCACUUGUGUCAUGGGGUAUUAUUAAUGCCUCUUACGAAAUUUUACAAAAGCUUCUCUAUAGCUAACAGUAGGAGAUACUUAGUGAUAAAUUGUAUAAUAGUAUUCAUACCCACAGUAUUCAAAAUUUCUCAGACGUGAUUAAGGUUUUACACCUGAUUUUGUUUAUACAGUGUAUUUUUUCCUAUUAGAAAGAGAGAAUAGAGAGGAAGGAAGAGUUAGUUUCUGUUGAAAGACUGCAGAAUAAUACAUGAUUGUAUAUUUUCUGCUUUUUGGAUAGAAAAUAAAAAUAUAUUCAUUGGCAUAUUAAUACUGUAGUUGAAAUCUGUUGAAUGUGAUAAUAUAAUAGAAUACCCCAAAAAAUAACUAAAGCUCAUUAUUUAACUAUUUACAAGAAAUACUGUAUACAGGGAAACUUUGAUACCAAUGUCAUACUUUUAUGGAAAUUUUGUAUCCCUGUACGGACAUAAUGUGGCAUUAUACCAGAACUGUAUUGCUGGUAUAAUUAACUAAGUAAAAUAUAUAUACUAUAUAUUGUGAUUUAAAUUUUAUUUUUAACCAUUCUCCUUACACAUUUCAAGCAUUAAUUUAAAUUUCAUCAUUCUUCUAAAGGUAAGAACCAUUUCAAGUGUAAUUAUUCUCAUCAAAACCCGAGAUGCAUAACUGAGAGUCAUUAUUUCACAUCAGUUAACACUUAACCUUGAUGACAUCGCUGCAUUGUAACGUAAUCAAGUAUAACCGUUGUUAAUGAAAUUGAAAUGUGUGACUCGUCUUCCUUUAAUGGUUUUAUUGCCUUCCAGGGAAGCCAAUCCAUUAUACAAUAACAAAUAAAUCCAAUCAUCAAAGUUAUGUUGCAUUAGUUAUGAUUGGACAAAAAUCACUUCCAUUGAGAGAAUGCUAAAAUUUAUGGUGAUAAUUGAAUACUGUUAACAAAAUUGAAAAGGUAAGUAUUUAUAUAUGCAAAUGCUGCAUGAUAUAUAUAUUGGGCUAAAUCUGGACCGCACUAAUGCAUAGUACCAAGGUUUCCCUGUGCAUUAUUAACAGAUUUUUUAUUUUUUUAGUUUGAGAAGCUUUGGUUAGCUAUCGAUAAACAUGUAGUAUAUUAGGGCCCAAAUGUAGGAUAAAAAAUAUUUGAAAUAAAAAUAUGAGAGUUAGUUAUAGGUGUGAUGCUGUAGCACAGUGAAUAAUGCCUUUAAUAGUGAUUUUUUCAUUUAUAAUUUUUAAAUAAUAAAUGAUGAUAGUGAUUGUAGCAAACUGAGAUGCUGUUUUCUUAAUUAUUGGGUAAGCCUACAAUAACACAAACAUUAAAAAUACAGAUUUUAUUGAUAAAAAUGUACCAAGCAAGUAAUGAGGGUGCUUGGACUAGCUAAAAGUUGCUGACAACUGGAAACUUUCGUUUUUUAGUCAGUUUAAACCUGUGAAAUGUGAAGUUCCCAAAAGCCACUAUCUGGGAACCAAACCUCUGUAUAAUAUUUCAGUGACAUUCUCAGAUUGAAAAAGUACACCAAUAGAAAAUAACUGGCUGCUAAAUAUUGUUAAUUACUAUCUUGGAAUAGGUUACUUUUAUGGCAUUUAUAGGUAAAAUUCUGUAGUUAGGUGGUAGCGAUACCUGAAUAUGUUCACAGCUUUUGGAUACCAAGAUGUACCAAGUUCUAAAGUUUGUCAAAUCAUAAUCUGUGGUGUGCUGAGUUUUAUCAUUGAUGGGGUCAGCUUAAAACAAAGGCUGAAUCAUUGUAUAUCUUAAGUUAAGUAUGUAUACAGUACUUUGUACCUAAUUAAAAAAAAAUCCAGUCUAGUGGUAAUUUAUGCUGCUCUCUAGAUCUGAUUAGUUUCCCCAGACUGUUUUGUAUCUCUUGGCUUUCUUGACACAGAUGUCUGGAUAUUGUGCUUCCAUCUCUGAAUUCAGGUGAUUCAUUGUAUAGCUUACUGAGUGCUAGUGGUUAUUAUAUAUGUACAUAUGCCUCAGAAUAUAAGUGCACUAUAGAUUUGUCAUUGCUUGUAUGACCAAAUCAUUGGGUGUAUGUAUAACUGAACUUUAGUUAAUUUGUAUUCCUUCAUUUUAUUGUAUGGUAGAAAGGCUGAUUUGAAAUUUAACUUUUAUACUGUAAAGUACAAAUGCUGUAUAAAAUUCAUUUAUACAAAUUUUUAUCUUUUGGAAAAGCUGUAUCAAUAGGCCUACUUAACAUGUAAUGGACAUAUAAUUAAUACCUCUUUAUUUUAUUUUCCAAGUGCUAAAGCUUAGUGCUAAAAUCUUAAAGGUCAUAUUCAAGCAGAAAUUUUGCCUUAAAAUACAGUACAUUAUUGUACCAUGUUCUGUAUAGCAGUUCACUUUUUUUUUUUUUUUUUUUUUUUUUUUUUUAGCAAUUGACAUCAGUUUGUAUUGGGCAUACAUUAGCUCCAUUUUUUGGUAGUGAUACAUGUCUGAACCAUCAUAUUUGGUUAAUGUAAGAUAGGCUGUGUCCACAGGACAGGACCCUGCUUAAUUGGGUAGGACCACAUUCUUCUUCAAUGCCAGAGGAAACUUACAGAAUACUGUACCCCUAUUGCUAUUAAAGAUGCUUGGAGCUCA